AUGGACGGGGCUUCAGGUAAUCACUUUGCCGCCGCUCAGAUUAGCACCUACAUUGAAAAAGAAGAACUGAUCCAAUUCACGAAAAAUACUACCUCAAGCAAUUCACAGCUUUCUAUUGACCUUGUUGAACCUCUACAUCACCUUAUCAACAAUCUUAAUUUUGCUCCUGUGAAAGUUUUCCUCUAUCUCUCCUCGGCUGCAGGAAAACCGCUUUUGGACAGCUGGAAAAACAUAAUUACUGUUCUAGGAAAACUAGUGGGACAGCACUUUACUCCUCAGAGGACUCACGAACAUAUCGCGAUCAAACUUCACCUCCUCUGCUCUACUGUUAAGCAUGCUGGAGAAUACUUGGAAGCAGAGCAUGGUGGUAAAGUCGUCAAUGAAGGCAAAACUGCCCCCUUUGUUCUCGAACCCUUAAUUAAGGUCUUUCUCCGUGGUGUUGACCCUCAUGGUCUGCCGAAGGGGCAGGAGGCAUUCCUUCGUAAGUGUCUUGUGUCAUUUCCUCACACGGAAUCGACCCUAUGGCGACAGACGGUGACUCAAAUAAGCGGAUUGGAGGUGGGUCAGGCGCCGACUUGUCUCACCAUUCUCGAGAAUUCGAUCAACGGUUUCACGUCCUUCUCGCGCAGUACCUCGCGCGACGGUGUCAUCAACGAACCCUGCGCCACCUGCUCCGAUGUGUCCGGCUAUGCUAUCAACCUCCAAGUGAAGUGGUGUUCACGUUGUCACGAGGUUGCCUACUGUUCGGUAGCUUGCCAGAAGCUGCAUUGGUUCACGCAUAAAAAGUACUGCCCCAUUCUCAAAGAACACCAUGAAUCCGUCGCGAGAAGUUUAUCAUCAAAGAAAAAGGCUAAGCCGACUGAGGAUGAGAUAUCCAGCUUUGAAGAGGAAAUAUCCACAUAUUUGCCCCACUGA